UCACACGCAGACGGCCGCGCGGUCACGCACGGGCUGCGCGUCCUCGGGACUCUGGCGUCGGCGGAGCUGCAAUGUGACCACAUCGAAGUCAACAUCGAGCAUCGCACCGGCGCUGGCUAGCUUCACGACUGCGUGCACUCGUGGUCGGCAAGAGUGACAUACACCUUCGUCAAUCCAGUUCUCUUUUCCGACAAACCAACCAUGGAGGCGGUGACCGCGUUCAACAUGGAGUUGUUCUCCAUGAUUGAAAUGAAGCCUCCAAUAUCCCGCGCUAAAAUGAUGUCUGUAACAAAAUCGGCCAUCAAGGCUAUCAAGCUUUACAAACAUGUUGUCCAGAUUGUUGAAAAGUUCAUCAAGAAGUGCAAGCCAGAAUUAAAAGUCCCUGGUUUGUAUGUGGUUGACUCCAUUGUUCGGCAGUCACGCCAUCAGUUUGGUGUUGACAAGGAUGUAUUUGCGCCAAGAUUCUUGAAGAACUUCACGGAAACCUUCCAGAAUCUGUACCGCUGCCCAGAGGGGGAUAAGACCAAAAUUGUCCGAGUCCUGAACCUGUGGCAGAAGAAUGGUGUGUUCGACAUGGACAUCAUUCAGCCUCUGAUGGAUAUGGCUGAUGAAGCAAUUGUACCUCCUGCUGCACUAGAAGUUCCUUCUAACCCCCAACCAGAGAUACAGCCUCCUAUCACUGGUGCCUCUGCUGUGCAGGCUGUGCCUCAGCUUCCCAGUCCUGAUGCCUUAGCUGCUGUGGCACAGCUGUUUCAGUCCCCCCAUGGUCAGGAGCUGCAGAGGAUGCUCCAGAACUUCCAGCAGGCAGAUAAGACCCUGGCAGCCACCAUCACAAACAACAUACCAAACCCACCCCCUAUGUCUGUGACCCAGCUUAACCCAUACAGUGCACAUACAGAAAAGAAAAGUUCCUUAGCUGAGAAACUCCUUGAUCGUUUUGACUAUGAUGAUGAACCUGAAGAUAUGACACCUAAAGAACUGGGUGCCCAGCCACAAUACACACCUGAAAAGGUCUUUAACCAGUUUCCUGGUCAGAUGCCCAACACAGAGAAUGUUUAUCCACAUAUGAUGGGACAGACCGAUGGUACAGAGCAGCGCGGUGGAGCAAUGAGUCACGGUGAACAUCAUUUGAUGCCAGAUGGAUACCAUUCCAUAGAUGAGGCUUAUUCACAAUUGCGGAGAAAUUCAAGAGAAGACUCAAAUAUGAGGCGGGAGGGCAGACACAGAGGCUUCGGCAGGAGAUCCAGAUCCAGAUCUGGUUCCAGAUCUCCCAAAAGAAGAAGAUCGAGAUCUUCGUCCCGCUCAAGAAAGUCAAGGCAUAGAGGAUCUCAUUCUCGCUCCAGAGAACAACGCUGGAGAUCUCGCUCUCGUUCUCAGGACAGGAAUGAAAGAGAGAAGGACAGAGAGCGCCGACAGAAAGGUCUUCCCAGCAUAAAGAGCCAGACACUCAACGUUUGCACCACCACGCUUUGGGUUGGACAACUAGACAAGAAAACCCAGCAGUCUGAUGUGAUGUCCCUUUUGGAAGAGUUUGGCCAAAUUGACUCCAUCAAUAUGAUUCCUCCGAGGGGUUGUGCCUAUAUUGUUAUGGUUCACAGACAAGAUGCCUAUACAGCUUUGAACAAGCUCAGCAGGGGGUCAUACAAGGUCAAUCAGAAGCCAGUUAAGAUUGCUUGGGCUUUGAACAAAGGUAUAAAAUCGGCACACAAAAAGUUCUGGGAUGUUGAGCGUGGAGUAACAUACAUUCCUUGGAGCAAAGUCAAAGUUGAAGAGCUGGAGAGCUAUCGAGAAGGGGGUAUGCUGGACACAGAGACACUAAAUCCAGAGUGGAAUCAUGCCAAGGACCUCAACAGGCAGCCGGCUAUAAAUGGAGCAUUGGAGAGUGUACCAGGAGAUGGAAUGGUCACUGCUCGCAUUCAGGUGCCUGCGGUUCAACAGGUAACACCUAUUGGAAGUCCGCCUGCUUUUCCUGGCCCCAUCAUGCUGUCCCCCACGGCCAUGCCUCUAGGAGGAGGCCCGUUCAUCCCCGCUGAAUUUGACCCGACGAACUUGCCACCAGCAGGAAAUGUAAAACCUCCCGAGGACUCCACCAGGGAAUCUAAAAGAGACAAGGGCACACCCUCCGAUGCAGGCAGUGACAACCACCUGGGCUCACCUGUGGCACCGGGGAUGACCAUGCCGGGCCCAGCAGUCAUGCACGGGCCCGGAUCAGGCAGGCCACCUCUGCAGCAUCCUCCUGGCAUGCCAAAUCCCCAUCUACCACCGUUCCUCUCGCCUCCAAACAUGCCACACAUGCCCCCGCAAAUGAUGCCAGGAGGACCCAUGUUUCCUCCAGAGAGGUUCAGAAUGCCCAUGCCCUUCGCUCCUCGAGGCCCUCCUUUCCAUCAACAUUCUUCCAUGGGACCAGAGGGCAUGGAUGACAGGGAAGGGAGGCAUUUCAGAAAUGGGAGGCCGGGAUUUGGGUGUUCACCUUUCCAAAGAGGGAGGUGGUAGAGGUUGACUCUGACCCGAGCGGAGAGGAUCCUGAGGCACUCUGACAGAUACUGAUAGACAUCAGGACAUCUGGUUCAACAAGCACCGAUAUAAACAAUCUAGGCUGCAGAAGCUCGGGUUCAGACUUCAUUUUACACCACCAGAACCUUUUUUGUAGUAACAAAUAACCAAUGAAAAACAAGACGGGGUGUUCUGAAUGUGGUCACUGCUCCCUUGAGUUUAACAGAGAAAAGACUUUGCUGUAAAUACGUUACGUGCUUGUAGCAGUUUACUAUCUUUUUUGUAUAUUUGAAAUUGUGUAGCUUAUGUUUCAGUGUGUUAUCUCGGUAGUUUGAGGUUUAAAAAAAAGGGCAGUCUGUAUUUUUGAGCUUAUUCCCUCACCUGAGUUUUUGUGUAUGGAAGAAGACUGUAAAACAAAUCUAUAAGUCAUAACUUUUUUGGUAUUUUAUUUUUUAGUAACAAUUCCGUUUGUACCACAUUGAUAUUUAAGUCUUUACAAGGGAAGUUUGAUUUCAUUUUUGAAGAAGAGGAUUUCAUGUCUUGCCAGUAGAUGGUGGAAUAAUGCCUGUUAACCAUGGCCAACCUCUCUGUUGUACAUUAAGAUCACGCCUUAUAGGAUUAUGUGAAGUGAAUAUUAAAAAAAAAUAGGGACUACCAUUUGA